AGAUUAAAGUAUUAAAGAAGCAGACCUGUGCUGUACUCCUCAUUUCUAGAUCUAGGGCGGCUAGGCCUAUAAAAAAGGAGAGAGCAUGUCAUCAGCGUCGGGCCACAAGAGAAAGCUUUGGGAGGAGCUACCUAAUACAUUCACUGAGUUUGGUCCUCUUAGCUCAGAUGUCAAACAAAGUGGAGGUUUCUUCUCAAGGCUCUGGAAAAAAAAUAAAGAUGAUGCUGGGCAAUCAGUUACAUCUUCCAACUCAACACUGAACGAAGACUCUGGUCAAGAUGAAGAUAAGCUCUCUACAGCUUCUGGGGUGGUCAGUAAAGCAAACACACCUCCCUCUAGUGUCCGGGAGUCACGACGCAACAGUGGGUCCAGUGACCUGGUUGAUGGGGAUGCUAUCAGCAUUACAUCAGGAAAAUUCGAUCAGUCUGAGGAGGCAUCAAAAAGCAUUGAGAAUCGUGUCCCUCACAGAAACCUGUCCAGUGUGUUAAGUCGUCUUGGCAGCAUCAUAGACCACCGUAGCACAACCCCACAGACUUACAAAGACAGUGACUUCAAACAGUAUUGGAUGCCAGACAGCAGUUGUCGGGAAUGUUACGACUGUGGGGAUAAGUUUACCAUCUUUUUACGCCGCCAUCAUUGCCGGAUAUGUGGCCAGAUUUUCUGCAGUAAAUGCUGCAACCAAGAAUUGCCAGGAAAAAUAAUAGGCUAUAAAGGUGGGAUCCGAGUUUGCACCUACUGUUGCAGGGUUGUCCAAAAAUAUGCCCAACAAAGUGCCUCUACAGGUGAUUUCAGCUCCCUGGACUUGCGCGCCAUAUCCCAGAUGUACAGGGAUUCUACGGGUUAUGACUUCGGCAGCCGCUCACUCUCUCCUCGUCUUACCACGGGGUUGGAUGAUAUGACCCCACCCCUGAGAGGGGACUCUCACCCUGACCUGCCUGGGCUGAUUGGGGCUGACAUGAGCACACCUUUUGACCUGACACCACAGUCAGAGUUCUCCAGUGAAGAGAGUCUUCUGCUGGAGAGUAGGCUGCUCAUUCAGGACUCUGUGCAGUUGAGAGAAAUCUGGCGACAAAUUUGUGAUGCAGAAGUUGGUGUCGAGACACAAACAUUGCGCAUCAGGUUACGGACACACCAGAACUGCAUUGUGGGUAAAGAGCUGGUUGACUGGCUGAUUAAGAAGGAUAAGGCUGCAACCAGAGACCAGGCUAUAGCCAUUGGUCAAGCCUUGCUGUUUGCCAGGUACUUGGACUCAGUUGGAAAUCACCACCUUAUGUUUAAAGAUGACUUUACACUGUACAGACAUGGGGAGACUGCAUCAUCGUUUGAGAUGAUGGGGGAUCCAGAGUCAAUGCCUACAAUCAGAGAGGAGCUGGAGAAAAAUGAGCCCCUUUGGUUCCAGGAAAUUGGCAAGUCAAAUGAAGAUUCUGAAGAAAGUAGUUCUCCACGUCCUGAAGGACACAGGUCCAGCCUCGAGUCAGAUCCUCUAAAAAGUAACUCUUCUGAAUCAGAGUCCAAAACAGUAUUUUAUAUUGAUACUUCCCAUGGAGAGUCAUCCCACAGUGGAAGCUUUUCCGAAAUACCCAAAGGUGUACUGAUGUCUCGGGAUAUGGUAGAGGAGCCACUGCCCAGACAAGAUUCAUCAGUACAUGGCUUAGGGGAUGAUUUUCUCAAAGGUGCCCUCUUCCUUGGCAAGACCCCAAUGGCCAGCCCUGAUGAGUCCACUUGUCCACACGGCUGGAGGUCAGUAGAGCAGCUGAGGGAGGAGAACGGGGAGAGACUGGCCUACGACAGACUCAAGAAAGCCCACACAGAGCUGUGGCGUGUACUGACCAGACAACUAUUGGGUCAACACAGUCUUCUGCUGAGCUGGGAGUCAGUGGUGUCCACCUCAAUCACACAGGUCAGCCAUUUCGUACGUCCAGAUAUCAAGUUUGAGGGGGAUGACAUGGAUAUCAGAAACUAUAUCCACAUUAAAAAGGUGGCAGGUGGAAGCAAAUCUGAGACAUCCCUGUUCCACGGGGUCAUCUUCACAAAAAACAUCGCACACAAGAAGAUGAAGACCAACUUGAUGAACCCCCUGAUCCUCCUCCUGCGAGGCACCAUUGAGUUUCAGAGGGUGGAGAACAAGUUCUCAUCAUUAGAACCCCAGAUUUUACAGGAAAGAGAAUUCAUGAGGAACUGUGUGAUGAAGAUGGUGGCGUACAGACCCAAUGUUGUGGUGGUGGAGAAGUCUGUGUCUCGUCUGGCGCAGGAGUUUUUGUUGGAGGCUGGCAUAACACUGCUCUAUAAUGUUAAACCAAGUGUGAUGGAGAGGCUUGCUAGGUUCACCCAGGCUGACAUUGUGCCAUCAAUUGAUGGGCUGGUCAGUAAACCCAAAAUGGGCUUCUGUCAUGACUUUAGGGUACAGACCUACAACCUCCCUAACAAAGAGACCAAAACACUGGCUAUCUUUGAUGGCUGUGCUACACACCUGGGAUGUACCAUUGUGCUGCGUGGUGGGACACAGAGCGAACUCAGAAAGGUGAAGCAUGUCCUGAAGUUUAUGUCCUACACUGCUUACAACUCUCUGCUAGAACUGGGCUUCUGUAUGGAUGAGUUUGCCUUACCCCAGCCAGGAGCUGAUGAGAUAGGACAACCAUUUGAAGGUCUGGACACCUCACAGGACGUCACAACUUACGGCAUUAGAAGUGAGGAUGUGUCUAAGAAAACCCAAGCCUUGGAAGAUGUGGACGCUGAAGAUGUAGUAGACAGGAAAUGUUUUGAUGCCAGAAGUGUCGACUCCAUCUCGCUGGAGGACAUUAGCGAGGCUGCUGAUAUGUACCAGGUGGGGUACAGGCAGGGGGAGAAAACACAGGUCAGGCUGAAUGGUGAGGAGGGUGAACUUGACCUGAACCUUGACCCCACUAGUGAGGCAAAGGGUGCCUGCUUGUCUGUGGAGACCAGUGGUGUACAGAGCAAUAAGGUUGUAGAGUCAAGUGGUUCUCAAGCUGUUCAAGGCAGCCACCCACAGGUUGUUAAAGCUGAUGGUCAGGGGACUCACGGUGUUGAAUUAGCUGGACUUAACUUUCAGGUGAUUGCGGAUACACCUGUGUCACAUGUCAAAGGUUAUCCUGACACAGCUCCAGCCCUAACUACACAGGUGCAAGCAGCCAAUGUACCAGAGUACACACAAGCUAACCUGUGUGCUGAUAUCAUGAGUGCUGAGCUCAAUCUGCCUGACGAGGAUUACUUCAGGGCUAACACAGACCCCAUUGACGAGUCCAACAGACCCAACUCCGCCACUGGGUCCUCAGACUUCCUGUCUGUCAGUUCCAGCCAGAGAGAAAAGAGCCGACACCCUAGUGGGGUUUCAUCCGUAUGCUGCACUGAGGGGCCGUCGGGCCGCAGCACGCCGGAGUACGUGUUCAAGUCCAACUUGUCAGACGACGGCUCGUGGGACGGAGCCCCAAAAGUGAUCGCCAACAUCAUGUGUGUCAUCCCCAAGUCAGCCGUGGUCAAACUCCCGUCGGACUCCGCCGCGCAAGUUGACGCCAAACCUCGCAGGACAUCAGAUGCUGACCAUCAGAGAGAUCUGAGUAGACAGGCCAAGUUAGAUUCCUCGUCCUCCGACCUGCUGACCCACAACCUUGACCCUGACGUCAUGGAAUCUGGUGACGCUGGGAAAGAAAACAAAGACAAAAAUGAGAAGAAAACGUCAAAGUUGACUGAACUCACAGACUGCAGUGAUCCGCUGCAACUCUACCAAAACACUCAGGACGAGUCCGUCUUCCAUUCCACCAACCCCCACAAGAUGGCACUAAAGGAGAUCAAGCAGACCAAGUACAAAACAUUCCGCAAAGCCCUGGACGGCGUCCACCUCUCCGUGUCCCCAUACCACAAGUACUCGGUGCCAUUCAUAGAGACAGAUAAAGGAUCCAGGUGUGCUGUGAGGAAGUACCUGCCUGAUGAGAUUUUCUGGUCAAGUCUGUUUGAUGGGGAGGCAGGCCAGAGGUUGUCCAAGACAAAGCUGGUGGAUGUAGACGUGUCAUCCAAAGCUUUGAAUAAAAGCAACAUACAGAUGCUGCAGCCCCAUAACUUGAUCAACUGUAACCUGACAGAACCCAUUUGGGAGAAUAACAUUCAGAAAGUCUUGGCAGACUUCCGUGCCAGAGGUGGCUGUAUCCAGGUGGUCAAUGGGCACACAGGCAGACAGUCACAGCCUGAAGUGACCAGCAAGAAGGGGGAGGAUACUCUCAAUGAUUCCCUGAAUUUUGGAACUUUCUGGGAGAAAAAGACAGACUGCCUGGACCCCAUGAACCACCAGAGGCUGCUUGUCUUGUUUAGCAGCUACUCCUAUAAGUCAGCCAACCACCCCUACCCCUGUGUGUACCCUUGGAUUGUAAAUAUGGAGUUCUAUGGACGCAAUGACAUCACACUUGGAGGUUUCCUUGAGAGAUUCUGUUUUAGACCUCAGUAUUCCUGCCCCUCACCCACCUGUGACUCACCUAUGACUGACCACGUGCGUAGAUUUGUCCAUGGCAAUGCCUGCAUCAACCUCCUGCUUAAGAAACUGGACAAUGAAGUGCCUGGAGGGAAGGAGAACAUUUUCAUGUGGAGUUGGUGCAAGAAGUGUAAACAGGUGACCCCAGUUGUACCUAUCAGCCAUGACACCUGGAGUCUGUCCUUUGCCAAGUACCUUGACCUUCGCUUCCAUUCCUCCUCCUUCUACAGACGUGGGUCAGCUGAGCCGUGCCUUCACUCCCUCCAUCACGACCACUUCCAGUACUUUGGCCACCGUAAUAUUGUCGCCUCCUUCAAGUUUGCCACUAUCUCUCUAAAAGAGCUGUCACUUCCUCCAGCCACAUUGACCAUACGACCUCCGACCUUUGAUGUUAUUGGUCUGGGAGAGACAGUUAAAACAGUCACCUGCAGGGCCAUGGAAAGGUACAGCCUAAUGCUAGAGAACACCAUGAAGGUCAAGCAGGACUACCCAGAGGCUCCUGUCAAUGACAUGUUGGCUGAACAACAGACAGACAAGAGAACCUUCCGAGACUCAGCCACCAACAUCCAGCUAAAGAUUCAGGAGCUGGUCAACUGUGUGACAUCUUCAGCACCCACUGGACCCACUGACUGUGACAUGAGCUUCCACCUGUAUUCCAUUUUUGACAACAUUGAGCUCUUGAAGAGGAAAAUUACUGAAGAUGUAGUCAAGUGGAACACAAAGAUGCAAGAGUUGUUGAGCUCCCAGCAGAAGAAAAACAAAGCACAGACCACCAAGAAGGACAGGGAGUCUGGGAAUCUGGCUGAUGAGCUUGAGAAAUCCAUGAAACUCUCUGACCGUAGCCUGACAAAAAGUCUUCCAGUGGUGCCGCCAGCAACUCCGCCAGUUGUACAGCGGACAACAAGUGUGAGUGGGGAGACGGUCAACCCCGCAGUGGACGAUGGUGCAGGACCAGAGGUCAUCAAGCCCAGUCAGCUGCCAGUGGACAGUGCUGAGGUCAUGUCGACCUUGUUAUUGUCUGUGGGGUCAGGGUCAGCUCAACCUGAAGCUCUAGAUGACAACACAGAUGGCUGGUUCCAGGACUUGAAAGGUGUCACCAGGAGAUGGCUGUCUACAACAUCAUUUGUACCUGUUCCCUUACCUUUUGAAGCAAGUGAGCACCACACACUUCCUAUGUGUGAGAGAGUUCCUAUAGUCAUCUAUGACAAUGAGCCAAGCUCCAUUAUAGCCUAUGCCUUGAGUUCCUCAGAUUAUCUGUGCUGUCUAAGGGAGCUUCACAAGAAGUCCCACAUCUCAGAGGCUGUGGGAUCUCAGAGCAACAAGACAUCCACCAAACCAGCAGAUUCAGGAAAUGUUCCGUUCAUGACCUCUGACCUGACACCUGAACAAGGUCGAAGAGCUGGUGGGGGUGUGUUAUCAUUUCUCCGAGGUGCCGCCUCGCGUGAUUUAAACACUCACCAUUCCUCAGCCCAUGGCGCCCACCCCACGGUGGAGGCGGUGCGCUAUGUGCCUGGGACUGCUGACUGGGGGGAGUUAGGUGGGAGCCCAGAUGAAGUGAACAUCUCUGUGCUAUCUGAUGAUGCCACACCAUCACCAGAAGAAAAAGUCAGCACCGCCUCUCCGCAUAUAGAGCUACAGUUUUCUGACUCCUCUGCCAAAUUUUAUUGCCGUGUCUAUUUUGCUGAUCAGUUCCGGAAGCUUCGCAAGCAUUUGUUUCUGGGCAACGACAACCUCUUCAUUCGGUCCUUGAGUAGAUGUAAAACUUGGGAGGCCAAAGGUGGAAAAUCUGGUUCCUCAUUUUGUAAGACUGAUGAUGACAGGUUUAUCCUGAAGCAGAUGUCUAACAUGGAGGUGGAGUCGUUUGAGAAGUUUGGGCCUCAGUAUUUCCAGUACAUGAGAUCCUGUAUCACUGACCAGCAACCAACAGCCCUGGCCAAGAUUGUAGGUGUCUACAGGAUUGGGUUCCGCAACACCCAGACCAACAACGCACUACGACAGGAUGUUUUAGUCAUGGAGAACUUGUUUUAUAACCGCAAGAUUUCACAGAAAUUUGACCUGAAGGGUUCCUUGAGGAACCGCCUGGUGAACAUCAACAGCAAGAGGGAGGAGGAGUUGGUGCUGCUGGAUGAAAACCUGCUCAAAUGUAGUGUAGAGUCCCCCCUAUACCUGAGGCCUCACAGCAAGUAUGUCUUGAAGUCAGCAAUCACAAGUGAUUCAUUGUUCCUGUCUACCAACCUUGUUAUGGAUUACUCGCUGCUGGUUGGAGUUGAUGAAUCCACUCAAGAAAUGGUUGUGGGCAUUAUUGAUUACAUUCGAACCUUCACGUGGGAUAAGAAGCUGGAGAUGGUGGUCAAGUCUUCAGGAAUUUUAGGUGGACAAGGGAAAAUGCCAACAGUUGUGUCCCCUCAGCUGUACCGAGGACGUUUCCUGGAGGCGAUGGACCGUUACUUUCUCCAGGUGCCAGACCACUGGACAGGCUUAGGUCAAGAUUCCUGCUCAAAACCACCAACAGUUGAACCAAGCACAGGCAAAGAUCCCAAGAAAUGAUCAGGGGACAUAACACAAUUAGCAGGGGAUGUAACACAUUCAGCAGACUGAAAGAGUACAUUGGCUGUGAAUAUUUCAAAUACCCGGUUUCACCUUCUCACUAUUAUUCUAGUCUCAUGUAUGUAGGGAAUAGGGAAAAAUUACUGUCUCUCUUAGAUCAAGUUGAAGUUAAGCAAAAACUUAAUAAAUAUUUAAAUAUAACCAUGCCAUGCCUUGUAUUAAACAAUGUGAUAAUUGUUACAAAUUUUUCAUUUGGUGACAGAUAAACUUAGGAUGUGUAUUCCAAAUCAGGAGUGGACUACUGUUUGUCCUUACUUUUUUUAAUCUAAGUUUUUCUAGGGGAUAAAUCUUUUAAAAGUUGCCCCACCAAAACAAAAUUGUUUGUUUCAUUCAAUCAAACCUUGUUACAUUUUCCCAUUGAAAUUUUUUUAGAACAUAAAACAUUCCUAGAGCAUCAACUUAGAGUGACCAAAAUAUGCAACCCAAAACUGCACACACAAAAACAGUGUUCAAGGGAAUUUUUUUUGAGUGAUGAUUUAAAGACCUUAGUAGAGUAUGACCAGAUGUACAUUGUACUGGUAGCAUUAUAAAACAUGGAUAGUGUAUUAGUAUGAGGAGUUUAUAUUAUGCAUUUUUCUGUUUGUGCAGAUGCUUUGGUUGCACAUUUUUUUCAUGGUGCGUAUUUUUGGGGACACAUUUUAGCCAUGUUGUUGUGGCUGUGUUUGUUUACUGGUUGUUGACUUGUGUUGGCUGACUGAUGACUUUUCUGACUUGUGUUGGCUGACUGAUGACUUUUCUGACUUGUGUUGGCUGACUGAUGACUUUUCUGACUUGUGUUGGCUGACUGAUGACUUUUCUGACUUGUGU